AUGAGUGAGAGUGAGCUGCAGGAUUUACUGCAGAGCGUUGAGGGUGAGGUCACUGAGGACCUAAAAGACGCCGAUGACUUCCUCAGUCAGCUGCAAAAUGAGAAAACUGCAAUACCAAUUGCAGCACCGAUGCCAACAGUGAGGUGGAAGAAGAGAAACAGUGGUGGAAACCUCAUCCACAGGAGACCACGGGCACUAAGGAACCAGUGCACUCAGGGGGUGAGAAAAUUUUUGUUUCAUUAUAUGAGUAUCAUUAGUAUUUUUAUUUUGAUAACAGCUGGUCACAGUCUCUUGAUUGACACGGUCUCAGCUCCCGUCUCAGCUCCUGUCUCAGCUCCUGAUGUUGUCUUUGCUCCUGAGACAUGUGACGAGUUCAUGCGGGACCUCCAGCAUUCAUUUGCUGAUGUUGAGACUGAAGAAGUAUCCCCAGUGGUUCCCACUGUGACAUCAGCAAACUGGGGCUUAAGUAAAAUGAAAGAGCUGGAAAACUGGAGAUCUGUGAGGCCUUAUUUAGUCAAUACCCUGAUAUCAAAGGAGAAGGUGGAACCCAACUUAUGCCAGGAGUGUCAAAGCAAUGCAGCUGCUAUCCGGUGUCGGGAUUGUCGUCCACGGCCGUUCCUCUGUGGAGAAUGUGAUUUAAAUGCACACAGCCAACAUCCAUUCCACAAUAGAGAGGCCACUAUAGGAGGAUUCUUUGAGCCAUUGCCCCCAACCAAAGUUAUUAUAAAUGAAGCUCUUUGUCAUUGUGAACGAGUUGUACCUCUAGAAGUCCCUUCCAAAAUCUGCAGCUGUCCAGCUGAGUACUUGAAGCUCAGUGCCGGAAAGGUUGUGGCUGUGAUCACUAUGAACGGACGUCAUGACCUCAAUAUCCCAAAGCUGACCUGUGGGAUGUGCAAUGCCACAUGGACUGCUUUGAUUGAAGACCUGAUAAAAAAUGACUUCUGGCCAGCUACCAUGCACUAUGAAACAAUCUUUGCAUGUGAUAUUUUCUUCACAUUUGAAGAAAUGAAAAUGGUAGCGCCCGGAUUGUCUUGUCAGGCAUUUAUAAGAAUGCUGGAUCUAAGAACCGUUCGCUUUGGUCGUACUGGAAAGAUCUCAGCAGACAGCUUCAUGAGAAGUUUUUUUGAGUGGGAGGCUGUGAGAUAUGAAGUUGACAGCCACUGCAAAUCCGAGCCCUUUGCCUGUCCUGCCUGCAGCCCAGAGAUGCUUGCGGUCUCUGUUGAUGGAAACCGCAAACAUUAUCGUUUUAAUAAUUCUGCCAGAUGUGAGGAAAAGGCCAUCUUUGAGGGUGUCUUUAUUGCUGACGAUGAGGACGUUACACAAUUUGUGGACCACAUUCAAAGCAAGGCAAAACAUGUGUCUGGGAAAGGUAAAUGUGGUGGUCAGUGGCAAGCGGCCAGAGAAACCUCCUUAAGGUCUACCAGCAAGCUUGAUGAGGAGGGCCUUGAGCUUGCAGUGUGCCGGCAUGGAGUGCUCCUGCGGGCCCUUAAUAUGUACAGGGGAGAAAUUUUUGCGUAUCCCCUGUACUUGCAACAAAAGCUGCCCAACAGCAGGUUUUUUUGCAUGGAUGUGACCUGCAAAUAUUGGCCUUACCUCCAGAGGCUGGCCAAAAGCUGCCCAGAGCUACAGCCUCUUCUUGAUAUGAAGCCAUUCCUCUCUGUGUUUCAUGCCAAAGCCCAUAACUUCCAAUGUGAAGUGAAAUGGAGUGGAGCAUAUCAGGAAGGGGCGGGGUUAACUCUGGGUGAAGAAGUGGAGCAGGUCAAUGCCUUCCUGUCUCGCAUUGCAGUCACCACGAAGCAUAUGUCAAAAGCAGGACGUUCAGACAUGCUGACAUUAAUGGCCAUGCGCUGGAAUCAGCAAAAGACCUCCAAUUUGGCUGUCUUCCUGUCUCACAGAUAUUUGAAAACCACAAGUACUCUCGAGAGUCAGCUUGAAACACUGGAGUCCCAAAAAUCCGAGUGGGGUGUAACUGACAAGCAGUUGGAGGAGUGGGUAACUGAUGUGAAGGAGUGGGCAGAAGAGACAUCCAACAAGACUGAUGAAGCUGCAGUUAAUCUUGGAAGUAAGAUUGAGGGGCUUGUGGCAAGCAUCAAAAGGCGUUCACAACGUCUGUACAAAGACACAGAUGGCAGUAAAGGCCGAGCCAGGGGUCGCCACAAAAUCAGAGAGGAGAAAAGAAUCCUGACGUCAGUGGUCGACGAGUAUAACAAAAUGGUUCCAAGCAAUGAGUGCCUGUGCAUAGAAACCAUACUGUCUGAAGAUACAGCACUGCCAUGGCAAGAGUUUCAAAGUGGCUCUGUAGAUCUCAGGACAAAAAGAAGAGCCUUUGACCUUGUCAUGGCAGUGAAAAGACUGCAAGAGGAGAAGAAGAUUCUCAUGGCAGAGAUGAACCAACACUGGAAGUACCUUCUGCAUCAAAUGGAUUCCCUGAAGGAGCUUUCUGAGGAAGUUUCAAAUGCUGCUCUCAAAAGUACUGCUACUUCACUGUGGGGCCUACCAGUUGAGGUGUUAAAAGGUCUUCAAAGCCUACUUCUUAGGAAAAGGCAGAACACCAGAAAAGCUGUGGCACAUGCAAGGAGCUGCUACUUAAAAGUUUUCAGUCAAGCAGAGACGAGCAAUAUCCUCCAAAGCUUUUCAGACAACUCUGACAGUGACUCUGACAUGUCUGAUGAUAUGUUAUGAGAUCGCAAAAUGCGUAUGUUAUAAAAGCACAGCCUACUUGUAUUGCACCCAGAAGUUGGCCGACAAUGUUACGCAAAUGUGAAGCGUUUCUCUGAAAGUGUUUUUAGCUGAUACAGGGUAUUCGCGGGUCCUUAAAAAGGUCUUAAAAAGUCUUAAAUUUGGCUCCCUUAAACCUGCAGAUUCACGAGAAAGCAAAUUCACAUUGAGAAAUGUGGUUAUACAGUACUAAUUUCAGUUUGUAAUGACACGUGCAGAAACACAAAAAAAAUUUUAUGUACAGCUUACAUUUUAGCUUCUCUUCCAUUUUAUGUAACUUAAUGCUGGGAUUAAUGAUAUAACAUGGACUGUCAUUCUGUAAUCGGAAAGAAAAAUGUAAAUAAAACUAUGAUUUUGAUUUUUUGGCUUAAUUUUUUUAGUCACAUUGCGUUUGUUUUGAACAAUACUGUACAUUUAAAAUGAAGUUGCACUUUAACACAAUGCCUGCUAAAUAAGAUGUUCUGCAAUAAACAUUUAUAUAAUUUCUACUUGUGUUUUUUCAUUUCCAAUUUUUAAUUGUGGAUAUUUCAAAUAAUACUAUUAGUGUGAAAGGGCUUUAGAAAAGAUUAUGGCAAAUGCAUUUUGAUUGUGUGAGCUACUAAAUGUUGGAGUGGCAAAGCCCCCAGUUUAAUUACCAAACACUGUAAACUAAACAUCUUUGCCACACCUUUAUAUGACUUUAAAAACUGCUUUUAGAUUCAUGUGGAUGGAAAAGUCCCUAGUUUGGAAGAUGGCUGAGGGAAAAUGCACUCUGCCAAAAGAAACAUUUAACUAUAAAAUAUACUCCCUGAAGAACCCUGUAGAGCUUUCAGAAUAUCUGAGGGGAUUCCACAGUCAAACAAAAUGGGCAAAAACAAAUCAAGGACAAAAUUUGGAACAGUAAAAUUUGGCUCUCAAUGCAAGUGUGGGUUCCCUCCAGGUGCUCUGGCUUCCUCCCACAGAACAAAAAAAUGACUAAUACACUGAUUGGGCUAGUAAAUUGUCUUUAGCCAAUCACAUUAACAACUGAAAUUAUGUAUACCAAUGUGCACCUGGAAAACAACAACUCGCUCAAGCUAGAUAGGCCACUUGAUACUGUCAUCAAAACUAACUCCUACCCUACAGCACAGUGCUGACACACAAUUGUAUCUGCCUAUUUUGGGCACUUUUGGAUUUUUUUUCUAGCAACUGAAAAAAAAGAAAAGAAAAUUGAGUUCAUAGCUAAGUAAGAACACUACCUACAGGAGGCUCACAUAUAUUAUACAUCUUAGUGACAGCUUUCUAUUGAUGUAUCAUCCCUGCACGCCUUUCAGGGGCAGAGUUAUGGGGCUGAACAAGUUGCAAAAAAAGGUUUUUAGCGCACUCCAGCCAUACAAUGUAAAAUCGUAGAGACAAUAUUUAGACUGUAGUGCUCCGCUCAGCGAGACCUUUCCACAGAGCCCUCAAGCAAACCUGUACGCUUAGCAGUUCAGAAGUUCACAUUUUCAGGACAAAAAAUUGGAUUCCCUCGACUUUGUUUGAUUUUCAGACAUCUGCUUGCUGAAGUAUUUUUUUUGGCAUUUUAACAUAUGUCAUUCAUACAUAUAUAUUAGUGCUCUGGAAGGACUGUCCUGAGAUGGUGGUCCAAUGUCUGUAAUUUACCCAGAGCUGAAGCUACGGUCCUUAUCAUUGUAGGUCAAGUGUUUCAUUUUUGGCCAUUGUUCAGCUGGGCAGAGGGCUACAGAUCUGAAAUGUGUUUGAGUGGAACUCUGUGUGAGCUUGUUAUGUCAUGUAAACCUUGAUAGACAUAUCUAACCAUAUUAUGUGACUUACCUCAAACAAUGCACCCUAUAGGCUAGAUGAAAAGCUCCAAAUAAAUUUUCCAUGGGAAACAGAAAGAGAUGUCACUGUUUUGUGGAGGGAUUAGCAGUCUUGAUUAUGUUUCUAUUGAGAAUCAAAUGAUCAUAUUUUACUGGAGGUAUCAUGUGUUUUUCGUGUAAUGCUAAGAUUUUUUUUCUUCCAUGUAUAACGCCCCUUGUCAUGCCCAAAUACCUCAAUAUUUGUUCCAUCAGUACAGAGCUGAAUUGUCCAAAUGUGCUUAAGCAUACCCGAUGCAGCCAUUUGUGCUGUGGGUGGACAAAAGGCUUCCUCUGCAUCACUCUCACAUACAGCAUCUCCUUGUGUAAACUGUACCAAAGAGUUGAACGAUGCAAACUCCAUCUGCAGCAAGAUGAUGUUGUAGGUCUUUGGUGCUGUUCUGUGGGUUGACUCUGACUGUUCUCACCCUUCUUCUCUUCUGUUUAUCUGAGAUUUUUCUUGGUCUGUCACUUUAACUGUGCCUGUGGUCUUCCAUUUCCUCAAUAUGUUCUUGACUGUAGAAAGAAACAGCUGGAAUCUCUGAGACAGCUUUCUGUAUCCUUCCCCUAAACCAUGAUGGUGAACAAUCUGUUUUCAGGUCAUGAGAGAGUUGUUUAGAAACCCCAUGUUGCUGCUCUUCAGACAAUAUUCAGAGGAGGGAAACUUACAAUUGGCCCCUUAAAUACUCUCUCAUAACUAGAUUCACUUGUGUAUGGAGGUCAAGGGUCACUGAACUUACCAAACCAAUGCUGAACUUCACUAAUUAUUUCUAAAGAUUCUGUAAUAUACAAAAUGACAACAGUGCCAACAUUACUGUAGCUGCCUAAUUUAGUUAAAAAAGUUACUGCAUGCUUUCUGUUAAUCCUAUAAACCUCACUUAAUAUCUUAAAUAUGACUGCCUCCUAUAUGAUAUAUAUAACCAAUGUAAUUUUUUUUCAUAACAACCAUAGAUUUAUAAAGAUAACUCAAGAUGAUUAAUUAUGCUGCCAAAACUUUCACACCCCACUGGAUAGUACCUACUCUAAGCUAAAGCUCAAACUCAAAGUUACCACAUGCACAGCAUGAAGGAGUUUUGUUCUUAUAACAGGUUAACAAUAUGAAUCGUGUAGUUGAGAUGAUGCCUGUGUUGUGGAUACAUUAUGUUUUAGUUGAUGCUGAGUUAGAAUUGAUGAGAAACUGCAUUUUUUGUUUCCUAACCAGUUUCUGCUGUAUUGUUUGAAGGGUGUAAUGGACCAUCAGUAGCUGAAUGCAAAUCACAGGUUAGAUUCAUAUCCACAUCUGAAGACCUGAAAAAAAAACAUUCUCACCUGCCUUGUACAUUAGUCCCAAAAGCAACCCUGUUUUUUGUCUGUGUAUGUGUGUAAAGACCUUUGUAUUUUGUAAAU